GAUCGUGCGGGUUCAUUCAUCGUCGAGCCUGGGAACGAUUGUGAUCGAGUGCAGUGUGGUUGUGAUUUGUGUUGUGCAAGUUCUGGGCUUCGUGCGUGCGUGCGUGCUUUAGUGUUCGGUUGCGUACUGCCUUCAACUUCUGGCAGUGCCGGUUCGGAGCUGUUGUGGGUCAAGUCGACUCAAGAGGAACAGAAAACAGAGGCAUUUUUUCGGAACUAAAACCCUCGCACGCAGGCUGUAGUAAACACGCCAUCCGGCUCAAGGUUACCCAGCUGUCGGUUUGUUGGUUCGCAGCUAUCUGUUAGCUCUGUCUGUCUGUCGGAUCGGUUAUCGAUUUCGGUUGGGAAGUGGUAAUUGGAGGAUUGUGUCCCUGGUGUACCAUUAAUGCCCACGGUGUUGGAAAGUGAAAAAUCCUUGGUAAUAUCAAGUUUUACAAACUUGCAGUGUGUGUUUGUUAAGUGAUUUAAACGGCCAGGCGAAACCGUACCGAAAUGUCGAUUAAGUACAACGAGAAGAACUAUCCGUACAUCGAUCUCGGCCGUGGGUACAUCAUCUAUCUGCAGGAUGACGAUUACACCGAGCAGCGGUGGAUCGUGAAGGCUGAGCAGGAGCUUAACGAGACGCCAGAAAAUAAGGCCCGCUCGUUGGAGCAGCUGCGGGAGCUUCUGCGGGGCGAGAAGAAGCUAACCGUGCCGCUGGACGAUGAAAAGUUCCUGCUGAAGUUCUUGCGCCCGAUGGCGUACGAUGUGCCGAAGGCGUUCGACUGCAUCCGGCACACGUUCGCGAUGAAGCGCAGCUACGGCAAGGAUUACUACGAUGGCCGCAUCAAACCGUCGCACAUUCGGCACAUCUACGACUCGGGCAUGGUGAGCUUCCUGCCGUUGCGUGACGACGACGGAUGUGGCAUAUGCGUUACCCAGCUUGGACGAAAAUGGAACACAUCGAAGGUGUCCAUGUACGACGUGGUCGCCCUGUUCCGCAUCAACAUCGAAGCCUCGCUGAUGGAUCCGCUCGUGCAGGUGAACGGUAUUCGCAUCAUCUUCGACUUUGAUGGGCUCUCGAUGUCGCACGUGGCGCAAGCCUCGCCGAAGCACGCCAUGGUCAGCCUGCAGUGGAUCCAGAAGUGUUGUCCGCUGCAGCUCAAGAGCAUCCACAUCGUGAACAACUCGAUGCUGUUCAACGUGCUGUUUACCAUCUUCAAGCCGUUCAUCUCGAAGGAGCUGCGGGACAAGAUGCACUUCCACAACCGGGACUUUAGCUCGCUGACCAAAUGCAUCAGCCCGAAGUGUUUGCCGCCCGCGUACGGCGGUACGCUCGAUGCGCCCGAAUGCGAAGGUCAGCUGCUUGGCGACUUUAUGCAGCUGUACGACAAGCACUACGAAACAAUGGACGCGUAUGGGUACGAUGAGACCAAUGCUAACUGAGAGGAACCCAGUCACACACACUGCCGCCAAAUCUGUGAUCUAUGCCGCAUCGCAAAUAUGCGAUUGGACGGUGCAGGAGCUUGAGGAGUUCUCGGAGCCCGUCGCAUAACAGAACAGAUCCGAGUCCGAGUGCGGUUCGCGAUUAGGUAAGCGUGAUGCGGUCGCCCCACUGACCACCACGGUGAUAUGCUCGGGGGUUAAUGGUAAGAUGCUAAAAGCAGACCAGACCACCUCCAGAGUGGGGCGAGGCGUUUGACAUUGAAACGUGCGUCUCGAGGGGCAUACAUUAAAGUUCAAGUACCGCACCGACUAUACGAGUGUGUCUGUGUGUUUGUGUGUAGUGUAGUGGGUGAAGGGCAAGCUGAGUGAGGACAAGUUUAUUUAUUGGUUUUAUUAGAGGCGCGGUACGCAGUUUAGAGUAUUAAUGUGUGAUUUUCUGUUUGGUUUUCGUGACGAUCAAAUAGUUGCUGGAAGGGCGAGGCGAGUGAAAAAUGAAUAGCAGAGCUGACCGUGUUUUUGAUACUAUGUUUUGAGUUAUGUUUUAGGAAAUUUUCCACUACAAGAAGACUAGCAAUAAAAUAAGGAAAUUUUAAUAAAAAUACUCUACAAUCUA